AUGUCGAUAUUUUAUGUAGGAAUUGCACGAGGAAGAGACAUUUUGGCUGAGUAUACUGUUGAUGGAAUAGAGAUAAAACAUCUUGUUUCUUUGGUGCUUGAAAAAAUUGAAUCAAAUGAAGAAACAAGGCUUACAUAUCUUUAUAAGUCGUAUAUGAUUCAUUAUAUUUGUACUCCUGUUGUUCCUGUUGGGAGUUUAACGUAUUUGUGUAUUACUUCGGAUCAGAUUGGACGGAGGGUUCCUUUUGCAUUAUUAGCUGAGAUAAAACAUGAGUUUGGUAGUCGUUUUUCUUUAUGUGAUAUUUUUGAGCUUCCCACGUCAAGUUUUUCGUUCUUUAGUCAUGAAAUUUCAAAGAAAAUAGAUACAAUAAUGAAUAGUGAAGAUGGAAUGAUAAUGGUAGAUAUGGCACGUGUUGUUCACAAAGAAAUUGAGCAAGUUAAAUCUGCAAUGAUGGAAAAUAUUGAAAGAGUUCUUGAGCGUGGUGAACGUAUUGAACUACUUGUUGAUCGAACACAAAAUAUGAAUGAAACUGCAUUUACUUUUUCUAAAAGAUCUACAUAUUUGAGACGGCGUAUAUUGUGGGAAUCGAUAAAAACAACUGUAAUUCUUUCACUUGUUGUUUUAUUUCUGUUAUAUCUAUUGAUUGGUUUUGGUUGUGGAUUUCCAGUAUGGCAAAAUUGUCGCUAAAAUUGGAUGUAAAAAUAAAAUUUUAUCUGCAUUUUAUAGUAGAAAUUGUUUUUUCAUUUUU